ACUAAAAAAUUUUUUCAAGGAAUUGGCGAGGAUAUAGCUACACGUUUGGAUACUGCUUGGCAAAGAGCUUGUGAAGUUUUAUUCCCAGGAAUUGCCCCUUCAAUAAAUCAAAUAAAAGAAUUGCAGCCUGGGCAAGCAUUUAAAUUUUUGGAAGAAACAGCUAGUGAAGCUAAUGCUUUUAAUAAAAAAAGAGGAAAUUCAUUGCCUUUUAUUCACAACAAAAAUUCAAAAAAUAUUAAAGAAAAACCCAAAUCAUCCCCAAUAAAAAGAUCACCGGCAAAAUUGUUAUUGACUAAAAAUAAUUCGAAUGAUGAUGAUGAUUUCUGUGAACCUACAACGUCUUCAAGAAUGGAUAAAAUUGAAGUUUCUCAUUCAUUAUCGAAUAAUUCCAAUCAAAUUAAUCAAAAAGAUUCUGAUGCUGAAAGUAUCUCAGAGGAGCACCAACAACAACAACUUCAUUAUUCUCCUUCAGAAAAUGUAGAAAGUUCAAUAAUUUUAAUAUCAGAUAAUCGAGAAGAAAUUUCAAAAGGAAAUAGAGCAAAAGGAAAAAGUGUUGGAGAAUUUUUAAUUUGUGGAGGAAUUAAAUGGGAAAGUAGAAAACUUUCUGUUGGGGAUUAUUUGUGGAUAUUACAAUGGAAAGAUUGGCAGACUGGAAGGCUAAAUGAAAUUGUUUUGGAUUAUAUUGUUGAAAGAAAGACUUGGGAUGAUUUGAAGAAAAGUAUUCGUGAACCUCGUUAUUUGGAACAAAAAUGUCGUCUUCAAAAAUGUGGAAUAAACAAUAUAGUUUUAAUUGUGGAAGGAUCUACAAAUGUUUGUGACCGUUCUCUUGAACAAGCAAUUAUUUCAACUUGUGUGGAUAACGAUUUUUUGGUUCACCGAACUUUGAAUAAACAAGGAACGGCCAAAUUUCUUCAAUUUUUAACAAAACGAUUAGAAGAAAAAUGCUGUAAAGAAGAGGUUUUUUCUUUGAAUUUUAAGAUUUUUUGUGGGAAGGAACAGUUAAAGCUUAGUCCGUAAAUAAAGUUUAGUCCGAGCAGGAAUUGGUCUCUGCUUGCAAGAGAGACCGAGUCCUACUCCCUGCUUGCAACCUUCUAGGAGUUUUCUUUUUGGAUAUUCCACUUCACAUCGUUCUGUUUAAGAUUAAUUUUCCUUCUCUGGAGCCAUUUAAGAUGUGUUUUGUGAUUUUUUGUUGGUUUUUUUUGUUUUUUUUGGGUUUCGAUCGUAAUUUCGGGUCAGUAAAAGUCAGAAAAAAUUUGACUGUGUCAUAUAAAAAGAAAUUUCCCCCUAUUUUACCCCUACAAAAUUUU